AGCAGACGACAGAGGCACAUCAGACUGGGCAGCGGGCAGAGGCACAUCAGGCUGGGCAGUGGACGGAGGCACAUCAGGCUGGGUAGCGGACGGAGGCACAUCAGGCUGGGCAGCGGGCAGAGGCACAUCAGGCUGGGCAGCGGGCAGAGGCACAUCAGGCUGGGCAGAGGCACAUCAGACUGGGCAGUGGGCAGAGGCACAUCAGGCAGAGCAGAGGGCACCGGGCCAUCAUCCGAGGCAGCGGGCACCGAGUCAUCGGGCAGAACAGUGGGCACCGGGUCACCAAGCUCGACAGCAGGCACCGAGUCACCUGGCACGACAGCGGGCACCGAGUCAUCUGGCACGACAGCGGGCACCGAGUCACCAAGCUUGACAGCGGGCACAGAGUCAUCUGGCACGACAGCGGGCACCGAGUCAUCUGGCACGACAGCGGGCACCGAG